GUUGUUGACAGUUGUCGUGACAACCGAUUGAGUGAUUUGUUGUCACUUUUAGUCCACAUUUGAAAGCAAUUAAUUAAUUGAUUGAUUAAGUAAUGACUUCUUCGGCGCCGGACGUGUUGUUUGAGUUGAGGAAUGGCUUCUAUUUGGCUAACUAUCAACAGGCCAUCAAUGAGGCACUCAAAGUGAAGGUGUCAACGAGUGAACAACAGCUCGAGAAGGAUGUCUUUAUGUACAGAUCAUAUGUGGCACAGAAGAAGUAUGGAGUGGUUUGCGAUGAGAUCAACGCUUCCAAACCAUCACAACUACAAGACAUCAAACUUUUGGCCAACUAUUUGGCCGCCGAUAACACGAAGAGGGAAAAUAUUGUGAAAGAUUUGGAGACAAAAGCGCAGACUUUGGACGCGAAUGAUUGGAUCCAGUGUUUAAUGUUUGCCACUAUUUAUUAUCACGAAAAUAAUUUGGAGACCGCUUUACGUGUAUUGCAUUCAAGCGAUAACAUUGAAUGCUCUGCAAUGGUAUUACAGAUAUACCUAAAGUUGGAUCGAAUAGAUUUGGCCCGAAAAGAGCUGAAGAGGAUUCAGGAGNACGGACGACGACUCGACUCUUUGCCAGACGCUUUCUAUAUAUACCAGGAGUUGGCCGACAAAUACGGCGCUUCGCCUCUACUUCUCAACGGACAGGCGGUCGCACUGAUAGGUCAGGCGAAGUAUACGGAGGCCGAGGCACUGAUUCAGGAGGCUAUCGAUAAGGACAGCAAUAACGCCGAAACACUAAUCAAUUCUAUUGUUUUGACCCAAUAUUUGGGAAAACCUCCAGAAGUGACCAAUCGUUACAUCAGUCAACUGAAAGACUCCAAUACUAACCAUCCCUUCAUUCAAGACUAUGUAGCGAAGGAACGGGAGCUCCAGAAUGUCAUCCAAUCUUAUAAAAUAUAA